UCGCUCACGGUACGAACGGGUAAGAAGAAGACGUGGAAGUGCUGGAAGGAAAAGUUCACAAGACAUCUUUUUCCUGGAGUUGUUCAGCUGAGACUUCAUAUCACUUGGGUUCUUCAUUCUAUCGAUCAAGAUGCCGUUUCAGUACAAGAAAGUCCUCGUCUUGGGCGCCACUAGCGGGAUUGGAUGGGCGAUGGCGAAGAAGUUCCUCGACGAAGGCAGCUCAGUCAUUGCCGUUGGCAGACGUGCAGAGAAUUUGAAGAAGCUCGCAGAAGAGCAUGGGGCAGAAGGGCAGGUCGAUACUGCAGUCUUUGAUAUAACCGAUCUGAAAGGAAUCCCCGAAUUUGUGAACGACAUUGCAUCGAAGCAUCCGGAUCUGGACUGUGUCUUUCUGAACUCGGGAAUGCAACGACAUCUGGACUGGAAAGAUCCGGAGAGUGUCGACUUGGACGUCCUAGAGACGGAGUUCACGACCAAUUACCUUUCUUACAUGCAUUUGACCAAGGCUUUCCUGCCAGUCUUGCAGAAGAAGGCGCCUCAAGAGACUGCGCUGGUUUACAUCACGUCCGGCCUGGCCCUCGCGCCGAUUGUGUACUGUCCGAACUACUGCGCGUCGAAGGCAGCGCUCCAUCAUAUGGUCAUGAUGUUGAGGUUGCAAAUGAAAGAGAUCAACUCCAAUGUCAAGAUCAUCGAGGUGCUGCCUCCCGCAGUCCAGACCGAGCUACACGACGACAAGCAUCAGCCGGAGUUCCAGGGCAAGGGUCGCCAUAUCGGUAUGCCGCUCGCAGACUUUGUGGAGGAAGCAUACGCCGGCCUGGCUGCAGGAACGGAACAGAUUCCGGUGCAGAUGACGAAGAGGAAUUUCGACACCUGGGAGCAGGAACGCCAGAAAAAUGUAAGUUCAGUGAAACAUUUCUCUGUACCCUGCUGCCGGACAGUGGUCGCACGCGCUACAGUAGUCAGCGUCGAAUCCAAUGGCUCUCCAAGACUUCAACAGAACUUCUGUUCGUCCCCAGCUUCUGGGCAGCGGCCGCGUUAUUCCUUGUUGGCGUGAGACUACUGCUGACCGAGUCUUAGAUGAUGGCCAUGUACCAUCAAAUGAGGGAGCAGGCAGCAAAGUGAGGCCAACGCCCACCGCCUCCUACGCGCUGAGGAUUUGCCAUUUGAAUGGAGUAAAAGAAAGCGGGUGCUCGUUCCGACACCGUCAUCCCUUCCUGACAGAAAGAGACAGCCAUAUGCCGACGCGAGUACAUGGUACCGCAGUA